CAUACGCACACACAUGAACUAAACCACAUGGUUGAUGUUGUGCUUCUUCAUUUUUGGUUACUGAACUGAAAUUAUAGAUAGUUUUUUUCAGAAUUUUUACAGUGAAGCAAUUAAGUAUUUCCUCUCGAGUUUUUUUUGCUGACACACUCUUGGAAAUCGAUCUGAAUAUCUAAAUAUGAACGUGGGAGGUGGUGUGGGUGCGGAUGGCCUGAUGUCCGGCGCUGCUUUGUUGUCCCGACCUGCCGAAGAGUUUGGAAAUGACUCUUCAGUCGAAACGAUGUGGGCAGUGAAGGCGUACGAGCACGCCGAAAUCUACUUCAAUCUCCUGUGCUCAGUGGACGCCAAAUUUCUGCGUUUGACACCUUACGAUGAUCUCAUAUACAAGGUGUUUAGAGAGGACUUCCCGGACCUACAGGUGCAGCAUUUGACUGACGAAGUGUUGAAGAACAGCUAUGCGAAACAGGUGUGGAGGAACUUCUGUGAAAAAUUCAAGUGGUUUGAAGACUUCAGCUUUGGCACUCUGUUGAGGCUAGACUGCGAGGAUGAAUACUCUGAGGAGAACAGCACCCUUGUUGCUAGAAUACAGUUUCUGGCCAUUGAGCUCGCGAGGAACAGAGAGGGAUUCAACAGCGGCGUCAGAUACAGGUUUAAGGUGAUGCGCGACCACUGAUUUUUUGUAUAUUUAUCUACUCCUUUUUUAAUAAAAAUUAAGCAUAAGUCAAUAAAACCUAAUUGAGUAAUAAAA